UUUACCCACGUUUAAUUGCCCCGUUUUGCGUAGAAAAAAUAUGAAUGUUUAGAUUGUAGUGUAGCUUUCAACACUUGUUCUGUCGCGCGCAUGUUAUCAUCUCGUGGAAUGAAUGCGGUACUAUAGCUUGCUAACUACUGGGAGUUUUUCCCCCGGCCACGGCUUGCUGGUGAGCGGCUAAUGUUAGCAAGCUACUAUAGCUAACUAUCUCUUAUGGUUGUGUGGCAAGGCGUAAACCAAGGCACCGGGAUAGAAAUAUGACAUUGUACUCAGGUCCUGAGGAGACAGUCUUUACGUCCACCUGAACAUGUCUGGCCCGGUCACCAGUCGAUCCCGGGUUUACCCCGACGUGAACACACAGAGACCCCGGGAGUACUGGGACUACGAGUCACACGUUGUGGAGUGGGGGAAUCAAGAUGACUACCAGCUGGUGCGAAAGCUCGGCCGGGGCAAAUACAGCGAAGUGUUUGAAGCCAUCAACAUCACAAACAACGAAAAAGUAGUAGUCAAAAUACUCAAGCCAGUAAAGAAGAAGAAAAUCAAGCGAGAAAUCAAGAUUCUAGAAAACCUGCGAGGCGGCCCCAACAUCAUCACACUUCUAGACAUCGUCAAGGAUCCAGUGUCCCGGACUCCAGCCCUGGUUUUUGAACACGUUAACAACACAGACUUCAAGCAAUUAUAUCAAACGCUAUCAGACUACGACAUACGGUUCUACAUGUACGAGAUCUUAAAGGCCCUGGACUACUGUCACAGUAUGGGCAUCAUGCACAGAGACGUCAAGCCACACAACGUCAUGAUUGACCACGAACACAGAAAGCUUCGCCUUAUAGACUGGGGUUUGGCAGAGUUCUACCACCCUGCUCAGGAGUACAACGUACGAGUGGCGUCCCGAUACUUCAAGGGUCCAGAGCUGCUAGUUGACUACCAGAUGUACGACUACAGUUUAGACAUGUGGAGCUUGGGCUGCAUGCUGGCCAGUAUGAUCUUCAGGAAGGAGCCUUUCUUCCACGGACACGACAACUACGACCAGCUUGUACGAAUCGCAAAAGUCCUGGGCACAGAAGACCUUUAUGACUACAUCGAUAAGUACAACAUCGAGCUAGACCCACGGUUCAACGACAUUCUGGGCAGACAUUCCCGUAAACGGUGGGAGAGGUUUGUGCAUAGUGAGAACCAGCACCUGGUGAGCACCGAGGCUCUGGACUUCCUGGACAAGCUGCUGCGCUACGACCACAACGCCCGCCUCACAGCCCGGGAGGCCAUGGACCAGCCCUACUUCUACCCCAUUGUGAAAGACCAGGCGAGGAUGGGCUCUACAUCGGGACUGUCGACUGGUUCUACCCCAGUCAGCUCCUCCAGUAUGAUGACAGGCAUCACCUCCAUGUCCUCGUCGCAGCCCCUGGCUAAUGUGGCGGGCUCUCCUGUGAUCUCCUCCCCCAGUGCACUGGCCACUCAGGUCCCAGCCGCUGCCGGGGCCCAGCCCUGAACGGUGCCCUCAGCCUGGGGCCUGGGAUGGACCCUCUGUCUGUCCUGGCCUACCCAGCCAACAACCAUUUUUAUGUUGAGUAUAACAGAGAAGGAAAAGAUAUUAGGUUCCCCCCCCUUUUUUUCAUACAAUAAUUAUAUAUUGAGAUCCGGGGGAGAGAGAAGAGAACAAACAUUACUUGCGUCUGUCUGGAUAAAAACUGUAGCUGCGUUCUUUCAUGAUGACGGUGUCUAGAAAUGCAACUAUGUAGAAAGUAAGCAAAAUGGAUAAUAAAAAUGAUUUUAUAUGUCCCUAAAGUA